CUUACCCCUGCCUGGGCACCUAUAUUCAUAAAUCAUUGCACCCGAGAACCUAGAGGAUUCCAUAAUCCGAAAUUCUUAUGCUACCGGAAUUCGGCCAUUCUCCUAUUCUUAUAUUCGCCUCUUUUUCUAAACUGGCUGGAACGAUACAACAGGACCCAUGUGAACUGUGAUUCAGAAAGUAAAUGCUUGACAUGUGGUUUACAUGAGCUGGGUCUCGCCUACUGGAGCACAGACCCGAUUGAAGAUGCUCUUGUGCCGGUCUGGGAGAGGCUUCGAGAGACCUCCUGGAAUUAUGUCGAUGAGCAGGACCAGCAAGAUGUGCGCGAAUUCAUGGAUAAACUACUGGAAGGGCUAUUUAGCGAGAUAGAUGAAGAGGGUCGUCACGAAUUGAAUCAGAUCUUCAAAAUUGAAAUCAGCAAUGACCGUGUGUGUCUCAAGUGUUAUCAAGCCAUGCCCAUGCAGCCAGACCAGAGGUUCUUCUUAGCUGCUGAUUUCAAACCCGAAAGAUCGCCUGGGCAUGACAAGAUUCACAAGUUAUUGAAUACACCAUCACAUUCGAUGAUUAAUUGCGGGAAGUGCAAGAAGGAGACCAAGCAUCUUCUUUGCGAGAAAAUUACAUAUCUGCCAGAAAUCUUUUUUGUCCAGGUCAAUCGGGCGUUCAUUUCCAACGGAGUCUUACAAAGAAAUAACGAUCCAGUCAAGCUCGCGGAUCAAUUGACAAUUCCCCCUGAAAUGUUGGAUGGCAUGGUGAACUCCGCAGGAGGGAAUCACUAUGAACUUUAUGGGAUAAUCUUCCACAGGAGCUGCGUUUCAUACCAAGGCCAUUACACAUGUGCCGUUAAGCGUCCCAAGGGUGACUGGGCAUGGGUUGAUGAUGACAAAAACAGGUGGGUGGGCCUGAAAACAGUGCAUCAGGUUUUGCAUGAUGAGAGAGAGGACUGGCGUACAUCUGUGUAUAUAUUAGCAUAUCGCCGCCUAGCCCUCGACAGGCCAUUGGAGCUUGGCCGUCAACCAGUGGCCAACGACGAUGAAACCGGAAAAUCAGGGCCUUGUCACACCCCAACUGGAGACUCUCCCAGGGGCUCUCUUUCAAAUCUUGACAAAGACUCGGCGAAACGUUCAUCUCCUGAUGAUGUACGCCUCGAUCAAACCAUUCGACUUACGGGGAGGAAAUUGAAAUGGACAGUAGAAGAACCGGUGGUCAUCCCUGAGGGAUGUGGGCCUCUCAUACAAAUUAGGCGGGGGCGGAGAGUCCAAUAUGCCGAGCUCAGGCUGACACUGACCUGUGAAGCCACAGACGAAAUCCUCACCGGAAAAGGACGCAUUUCCCUCAAGCCAAAUACCACUAGGAAAAUCGAGAGAACGCCAUCACCAGCCGCAGUCAUGGACACAAGAGAUAUCGGAACUCAGACGUCGCCGGGUACAGGUCUCAAGAAAGCAGGGAAGCCUCGGGGGAUUACAAAAGAUAAGGCUGCCUCAAGGUAA